AUGCCGGGCACCAAUCAGAAGCUCCUCGUUCAUUAUAGUCGAUUUACCAUUCUAACAGCAAAAUGGUGGUCUUGGUGGGACUCUUCGUUGGUGGAGCUCAGAGAUGCCAAGGGAAGAACGGGCAGAAGAGCUGACAAUCAUCAGCCGGGGGAUAAAAUUCACUCGAGGUCCAACGUGGGUGCAAUGGUUUGCCCCUUGCUGCUCCUGCUGAUCCCCCUGCCCUUUGUUCAUGUACUGGGCCAGUCCGGCUGCCUUCUCUCUCCCCCCACCCUCACUGCUUACACCGAGGAAGGAGACGUCACUUUGGGCCUCAUCGUUCCUAUUAACACCAUUUCUUCUCGGAAAGUCCUUUCUUUUAAAGAUCGGCCGGCACCGCCCCAAUGUGACCUAUUUCGGAGAGAUCAGUACAAGUCCAUCCUUGCUCUGCUCUUUGCCAUUGAAGAAGUCAAUAAAGACCCCCAUCUUCUACCAAACGUCACCCUUGGGUUCCACAUGUUGGACUCCUGCUUCGCUGAGGAUUUUUCCCUCCGAGCAACGUUGCAGGCGGUGACAGGGAACAACAAAAAUGCCCCAAACUUCAAAUUAGCCCCACGUAUCUGUCCAACGUGGCCAAGGUUAUGUAAUACGUGUCCAUCCGUUUCCCAGGUCAGCUAUGCAGCAUCGUUCCCAUCUCUGAGCAACAAAGUGGAAUUUCCAUCUUUUCUAAGAACCAUCGUGAGCACCGAGGGGCAGCCGUACGCCCUGGUCGAGCUGUGUAAAACAUUCGGAUGGAACUGGAUUGGGGUAUUAAUCUCUUCGACAGAUUAUGCCGUUCAAGGUGGGGUCGUUUUCAAGAGAGAGGCGGCCAAGAAUGGGAUCUGCAUUGCUUACUAUGAAACGAUUGCCCUGGAGACAAUCAGCCAAAGGAUCCCUUCAGUGAUGAAGAAUGUCCGGGGCAUAACGGCCACCGCCAUUGUCCUCUUCUGCUCCCCUGCAGAAGUCAGUGCCAUCUUAACCGAAGCCCUUCAGCAAAAUGUCACCGGAAAGAUCUGGAUCGGGGUAGAAGCUUGGUUUACUUCUCCGGUCUUUUUCAAGCCAGAGUUCUGGAACCUUCUUAAUGGUACCAUCGGGAUCUCCAGAAGCAGAAGGAUCCUCCCAUAUUUCCCUCAGUUUCUCCAAGACUUCUAUCCUUCCAGAUACCCAAGGAUGCUCAACAUCCAGCAGUUCUGGGAAAGAACCUUUAACUGCAAAUGGACCUCAGCAAACGGCACCCUUGGCCCAAACAUUAAGGCUUGCACUGGGUCCGAGAGGCUGAUAACAGAUGAUAUUACAGAAUACAAUGACCCGGUCUCACAGUAUGUGUAUAUGGCCCACAGCGCUCUCUUUGCCCUGGCUAAUGCUCUCCAUGAUCUGAUGGCCUGCAGACCUGGGGAAGGUCCAUUCUCUGGUGGAUCCUGCGCCAAUAAACAAGAUUUCCAGCAGUGGCAGCUCCUGUACUACCUAAAGAAGGUCCAGUUUGUGAACACAGCUGGGGAACUGGUGGCAUUUGAUGUCAAUGGAGACAGCUAUGGGUACUUUGAUAUUCUGAACUGGCGUUUGGACGGAAACCUCACUAGUCGCUAUGUGAAUGUUGGGACAUUCAACAACUACAUGAAUAGUGAGCAGAAGCUUUCCAUCAAUGCAAGCUUCAUCCUAUGGGCAGAUGGACUGGCCAAGGUUCCGAGCUCAGUCUGCACCGAGAGUUGCCCCCCCGGCUACAGGAAAGCCCCACGUACCGGCCAACCGCUGUGCUGCUUUGACUGUGUCUUGUGCCCAGAUGGAAUGAUUUCCACCCAGAUAAACUCUAUCGAUUGCACAAGUUGCCCCCUGGAUCAGUGGCCGAACAGUGAGAGAAACCAGUGCCUCCCUAAAGUGAUUGAGUAUCUUUCCUACCAGGAGCCACUGGGGCUGGUUCUGGCCUUGGUCUCCAUGACCUUCUCGCUCAUGACCGUAGCGGUUCUUUGCGUGUUCCUCAGGUUCCGAGACACCGUAAUAGUGAAAGCCAACAACCGCAGUCUCAGUUACGUUCUCCUCCUCUCGUUGACAUUCUGUUUCCUCUCAUCCUUGACUUUUAUCGGUUCCCCAACCGCAGUGACCUGUUCACUCAGACAAAGCAUAUUUGGGGUCAUCUUUUCCCUCUGUGUCUCCUGCAUCUUAGCCAAAACCAUCAUCGUGGUCAUGGCUUUCAAAGCCACCAGACCAGACAGCCGACUGAGGCAGUGGGUGAGCUCCAAGACCACCGUACUUGUUGUAAGUCUUUCCACAAUGGUGCAAGUCAUUCUCAUCGCCCUAUGGCUCAUCAUUUCCCCGCCUUUCCUGGAGCACACUGUCCAAAGCAUCACCGGGAAGGUUCUCCUGGAAUGUAAUGAGGGUUCCAGCCCCAUGUUCUACUCAGUGUUGGGGUAUCUCGGCUUUCUAGCCUUCCUCAGUUUUGUUGUUGCCUUCCUUGCCAGAUCGCUACCAGAUAAUUUCAACGAAGCCAAGUAUAUCACCUUUAGCAUGCUGAUCUUCCUCAGCGUGUGGGUGUCCUUUAUACCGGCCCAUCUCAGCACUAAGGGCAAGUAUAUUGUCGCUACUGAGGCCAUCGAUGAAUACCAAAGAAUUUUUAGUCUCAUCAAGGUCCAAUUUUGA